UAAAAUAGAACCACUAAACACUGUAACAGCCAUCAAUUCAACCGACUAUAGUAACAGCAGUUAGUAUCGAAAAUCACGCCUACCAGACACACAUUGUUUGAUAAUCUCGAAAUUUUAAAAUGUAUCAACGACACGCCGUUGAAAGUACGGCUUAACGGAUAUACCGUACCGCUUAUAUUUUUAAGAAUUCAGAAUAGUUUCGUCGAAUUUCAUUCUUAAACCGAUACACCACAUAAUCGUCAUUAUUUUUAUUAAAAUGUCACUUUAUUAUUCUCUUCUUUUAAUUUUUUUUGCCGAGUGAAUAAUUUGUAUUUGUAAACGCGGCUAAAUAAGAAGUAAGCAACGUGGGUUUGGAAGUUCCUUUUCCUCGUGAGUGGAACACAAGUAAGGUGAAACAUGGCGCUUAACCUAACCGUGAAGGUUCAUCCUGUGGUUCUUUUUCAAGUUGUUGACGCUUAUGAACGUCGAAAAGCCGAGUCCCAUCGUGUUAUUGGGACAUUAUUAGGCACAGCUGAGAAAGGUAUGGUUGAAGUAACAAAUUGCUUCUGUGUACCCCAUAAAGAGUCAGAAAGUCAAGUGGAAGCCGAUUUGACUUAUGGAAUUGAUUUAUACGAUUUAAAUCAUAGGGUCAAUGGACAGGAAAAUAUUGUUGGGUGGUGGGCAACCGGGAACGAGGUCACCACCCAUUCUUCGGUUAUACACGAAUAUUAUGUACGCGAAUGCAACAAUCCUGUCCACUUGACAGUCGAUACAACACUUAUAAAUACAACUAGAAUGGCGAUUAAGGCUUACGUAUGUGUGCCAUUAGGGGUACCUAACGGGAAACAAGGUUCCAUGUUCACACCGGUGAAAGUACAGAUUACUUGCUAUGAACCAGAAAUUGUUGGACUACAGCUUUGUUCUAAGACUCAAUUACCUGCACAUGCACAAAUAGCUGGCAUGAAAGCACGUCAUGGUAUAGAACCAAUGAUGGAUCUUGCUCAAAUUGCAGAAGCUAGUGCUAAACUUUCAUCUAUGUUGGAGCAAAUACUUCAAUAUGUUGACGAUGUACUUAAUUCCAAGCAACCACCAGAUAAUCAAGUUGGCCGCGCUCUUCUGGAUAUGGUACAUUCCGUGCCCAAAAUGUCGAGCGAUCAAUUCGACGAAAUGUUUAAUAGUAACGUAAAGGAUCUACUAAUGGUUGUUGCACUCUCGCAGAUAAUAAAAACCCAACUUCAACUCAAUGAGAAACUUACAUUGCUCACAACCCUAUAAUACAAGUCUCCCCUGGGAACUUUGUAAUAUAAAUGUGAAAAUUCUGUAAUUCAAUUUCUAUGAAUAAAGAGGUACU